CAAACGUAGGUGGCGUGCUUUGCAAACUUGUACGUACGCGUGUUACAUACAUGGAGGCAAGUUAUGCAAAAUUCUCAAAAAUUCUUUGACUGAGCUGAGCAGCUAUGGGAAGCACAGCCAUGGAUUUGUCCUCGGUGAAGGUUGUGGUUAUUGGGGGUGGGCUGGUUGGAGCAAUGGAGGCUAUCUUUAUGGCCAAGCGAGGCUUUCAAGUUGAUCUGUAUGAGUCCAGAGAAGAUAUCCGCACUUUGGAGCAUGUGAGUGGGAGGAGCAUUAACCUGGCGCUGUCUAUCCGAGGAAGAGAAGCAUUGCGAUUGGUCGGUUUGGAAGACCAGAUUGUUGGUGGGGGCAUCCCGAUGCAUGCCCGUCUCAUCCACGGUGUUUCAGGGAGGAAGUCCGCCCAGCCUUACGGAAAAGAAGGGCAGUUCAUUUCAUCAGUUGACAGGCGGCUCCUGAAUGAAACACUUUUAACAGAAGCUGAAAAGUACCCCAACAUUCGUCUGCAUUUUUAUCACAAGAUGGUGCAGGCUGACUUUGACAACGGAGUCAUCUUCUUCACAGAUAAGGACGGGUCAAAGGUCAAGGCAUGCCCGGACCUGACCAUUGGCUGUGAUGGCGCGUAUUCCACCACCAGACGCCAGAUGAUGCGGUGCGGACGCAUUGAUUUCAGUCAGGAGUACAUACCCCACGGAUACAUGGAGCUGUGCAUACCACCGAAAGAGGGCAAGUUUGCCGCUGAAACCAACUACCUGCACAUCUGGCCGAGGGAUGAGUUCAUGAUGAUAGCGCUGCCCAACCAGGACUGUUCCUUCACCUGCACGCUCUUCAUGCCCUUCGUGAAUUUUGACGAGAUCGAGGCCGCGGGGGGCCAGGCUCCCGUCGACUUCUUCCGGAAGUACUUCCCGGAUGCGAUCCCGCUGAUCGGGGAGAAGGCCAUCAGGACGACAUUCGAGGAAGGUCGGGCCCUUCCCAUGGUAUCAGUCAAAUGUUCCCCCUAUAACUACAAGGACAAGGUGGUCAUUCUGGGAGAUGCAGCCCAUGCCAUGGUGCCCUUUUAUGGCCAGGGGAUGAACUGUGGUUUUGAAGAUUGCAUUGUCUUCAAUCAGUUCUUGGACAAGUUCAACAAUGACUUCGCCAAGGCCCUGCCUGCCUACAGCGAACACCGCAACCCAGAUGCGAAGGCCAUAUGUGACCUGGCUAUGUACAACUACGUUGAGAUGAGGUCUUUGGUGAACUCCCGUUGGUUCCUGUUCCGGAAGCGAGUGGACAAGUUCUUGAGCUGGUUGAUGCCAAGCAGAUACAUUCCCCUGUACUCCAUGGUGACGUUCAGUCGCAUCCGAUACCACACCGUCAUACAGCGAUGGAAGAAACAAGACAUGAUUGUCAACAAGGGGCUGUUCUAUCUGCUGUGCCUACCUGUCAUCAUUGCUGGAGCCCUCACGUUAAAACGCUUUAAACCAGACGUAUUCAGUUGGCUGAAAUUCAGUGGAAAGACCUAAAUUGUUUUCAUUUUUUUUAAUAUUUCACUCACGGAUUAUAGGGUUAAGUUUUCCUUUUUUGGAUUCAGUAUUCAAAACUAUAGUAGCUGAAAGUACAUGUAAAAUUGUAAACCAUACUAUUUGGGAGUGGAAU